AUUCUACUAAAUCAAAUGCCGAAAUUAGUAUGCAGUUUAAUGAAGUAUAUAGUACGCUUGUGUUGGUAUUCGGACAUAACCACUGAUCAUAGGAGAGUUGAUGUGUAAUGUAAUAAGUAGCAAUGUAUUUCAGAGAACAGUGCGCAUGAAUGUUACAUUUAACCACGCCUUUAGAGCUAUGACGACAACCAAUAAAAUCAUUUAUCUUCUGUGUAAAAGGAAGUUAAAUGACAAUUUCCACGUUAGCGUGUUUGUUGUUAUUUGGACGUUUAUUAACACUCUGGAACUCAAACUCGUUUAACUGCACAGCGUCACAUACUUACCUCAGGUAGUCUUUAAUUCACGUUGGAGACAGUACUUGGUCGAUAUGUUAUUUUUCUAGGUAUUUCGCUAGCUGGCUAACUUAGUAGUUAACGUUAGCUAACAUGGCUAACUGUGUGGUUUUUCACACUCAAAUAGCCUCCAUUAUGGAGGUGUUAGCGAAUGCAGCCGUGGCAGAGAUCUGUAAACUCGUAGACGACGACUAUGCAGUGUUUCGUUUGGAAAUGUCUCAAAGCCAAAAAGAGAACCGGGGAUUGCGGAGGAAACUACAGAUGCUGGAACUGAAGGUGGCACGGGAGCGUCGUCCCAGUAGUGUCAAGAUCCUCGAUCGAUACAGAGGAAUAGCAAGAGGUGAAGGACAUCUCACUGGAAGCCACAGGAGCUUUGUGAAGCCAGCGGGACACAAUACAUGGAGAGAUGACCAACCAAUCACUGUUGAUGAGGGGAGUGGAACCUCAACCCAGCAUGUUAUCGUGAUAGAGGCUGCAGAGGCUAGAGGUCCUGGGGUCAAGCAGGAGAGGUCUGAAGGAGUGGAGGACCCACAGCACAGCAGAGACAUCCAGACGGUAGAAACCACUGGAGUAGCGCCACCUGUAGCCACGGAGGACCUACACACCGCUGCCGCGCCCAAGCCUAGGACACGACGCAGCAUCAUGGAGGAGGAGGAGGGUCUGAAGGUGCUGCUGGUGAAGGAGGAGGGGAGUGAGGAGGGUCUGGGGAACCCUGAGGAGACCAUGGUCAUGAAGGACAACCAGACUACACCUCCUCCUGAACCCACAGAGGAACCAGCUGAGCAGCACAGGACCACACACAGUCUCACUGAGUCAGUAGACAUGGAGGAUGGGAAGCCUGAUCUGCUGUUAGUCAAAGAGGAGACAAUAGAAGACGGACCAGAGAACAUUGACCUGCUGAGUGGACUAAAGAUGGGGGAGCAAGGUGGUUGGCUGGAGGCUAACAGAGGAGACUGGACGGCCAUCUUGGAUUCCCAGACUCAGAUGGGUGCAGCCAAGGACCCAGGGGACAACAUCACCGAGCAGGCCAGGACCAGAGGCAACAUAGUGGAGGUCAGUGGAUUGGACAACGUCCUCAACUCUGGGCUGGGGAACAACACUGUAAACCACAACCAGAAACAGGCAGUCGAACACAAAACAUCCGAACUUAGUCUCCAUGACAACAGACUGGCUGAGACCAGGGCGAGGCGUAGAUUUGGUCCGCGGGGACGAGGAAGUGUCCGUAUGCGGCAGGAGAAAACAAACACAGACUCGGCUAGCGAUGCUCCGUCCUGCUCCUAUAGUUGUGAUUCAGAGAGACUGAUGGCGCCUCAGGUUAACCCCCUAACAGGUGCUGCCUUCAGCCUGCCUUCUAUAGGAUCUAUCAACUGGAACAUGGACCCUGUGACAUCACAGACUCUCCCUGGCCUUCAUCCUCCUCACACUCUCCUAAUGUUAAACCAGACCUCAGACAAUGCCAGUGCCUCAACAGUAAAUGGAUACACAAGCCCAUUGACAAAUGACAGUAGUAGUAACUCUAUCAGUAGAUCUGGUGGCAAAGAGAAGCGCUUCCUGUGUUCGUUCUGUGGGAAAGCCUUCAGUUUCCCCAAACAGGUGGAGAUCCACCAGAGGAUUCACACGGGAGAGAAACCGUUCGGCUGCCACCAGUGCCGGGCCAGUUUUUCACAUUUGUCCAGCCUGAAGAGGCACCAGAGGGUCCACACAGGGGAGAAACCAUUCUGCUGCCACAUGUGCCGGGCCAGUUUUUCACACUCAUCCAACCUGAAGAGACACCAGAGAGUCCACAGAGGGGAGAAACCCUACAGCUUCCCCAGUGUGAGAAGAGGUUCUCCCACCAGCACCAGCUGAAGAUCCACACGAGAGAGCCAUUCACCUGUACGCACUGUGGGGAGAGGAGGUACUUCAGGAUACACCAGCAGAAAAUGCACACGGCCCGUGUAAAGCCCUCAAACUCAACUCUUGACCUCGAACCCAGUUCCAUUGCAUUUUUUCAUUGUUCUCUAAUCUGGCACUGAUUUAGACCUGGGACACCAGGUGGGUAUAGGGCUGUUAGUUACGAGUCAUUACAGCAGUCAAAUUCCACGUGACCAUUUAGUAAUGGUAAUUAGGCUUCUGAUCCUGCUGAUCAUUAAUAGCCUACCAAACUUGCUAACUGCCUGGUGCUCAGCAUUCGAUUGUCCCUCUUAUCACUCUGACAGCAAUGCAAAUGUCAUUGAAAAUCUAAUCAAACACUUCAUGAGAGCUCAUGUUGCGCAACAUUUCUAUAGGCUAUGCAAUUGCAUGAGAGUGAUGGCCUCUAUUAAAAAGAGGAUCCCAUCAGCUUUCUAUAGGCUAGGCCUACUAUAUUUAUUUCUCAACUUCUCUAAUAUUAAGCAUAUUGCUUCUCUUUACAACAGGAGUAUAGCCUACCUGGCUGGCAUGAAAAUGAACCAUGGGAAAUGCAUUUUUUCCCUCCUGCCCGUUAAGACAGGUGCAUGGUAAUGGUCCAUUCAAAUCAAAACUCAUUUCACACACAUUAUUUAGCAUAUGUAAAGACAAGAUUAAAUCAAGAAUAGUCUGAUGGGUGACAAUAUUAGUGUUUCACUUGUGAAUGAUGCCCACCGUGUGAAUUAAGGCAAGAAACAGAGCAUGUCUUUUUUUGCAACUUUUUCUAAUCAUAGUCCCACACCUCAUGUAGCCUAGCCCAUAGGCCUAUAUGUUUGGAUAAGGUUUGUAUCACAACUAAAGUGGCCAAAUAACUUCUUAAAAUUAAGCAUAUUAAUCCACGUUACAAUGGGUGUAGAGCCUAACUGGCAUAUAUACGCAGCGUGUGUUUCAAAAUGCACCUUUUAAUAAAAGCAUUACAUGCAUAAUCGCAUUUGCUUUGAGAAUGUUUUCCUGCUAAUGGAGCAUUCAUGCUUUAUAGCCAACUGCUGUGUGCGCAUUGCUGUGCUUAAUGUGAAGAAAUAGCCUUUUUCAACAUUCUGAUCUUUUUUGUCAGCCUCAUUGCUUAAAAUAAUUCAUAAAAAAUUGACACUAGUUGUAUUAAUUUAAGAUCUAUCGCAUCCCACAACUGUCCGGAAUAUUUAUUUCUCAUAGAAUGGGUUAACUUUUGUACUAUGGGGGAAUAGUAGAUUUACAUAGGCUGGUGCUUUUGCUGUUUGUUAGGCCUACUCAUCUUGUUGGCUGACAAAGUAAAUGUGGACAGUCUUCCAAUAUCUUCAAUAUGCGCCUGGGAAUUGAAUAAGGACAUGCACAGUUGCGUCCCCAAUGUGUCUGCCUUCACUUGUAGCCUGUGAGAAAGACCUGAUCACGUGACGGAGAGCUGCUUCAGAGCACCCAGUCAGGAGAAGGGAAUUGUAAUUAUUAUAUACAGCCCAAAGGCACAACGGCCACUGGCAUGUUUUUUUUUUCAGGAGGCAUUACGGCCACACAAAGGGGAUGCCCCCGGGAAAUUCGAGGCAUUAUCAAGUGCUUUCCAAAUUGUAAAUGAGAGACUGAUGAAGUGUGUACAGCCUGCACAAAAAAAAUGUAUUAUUACAUCAUUAGUUGCACCAUGCAGCCUUAAUGUAUUUAAAAAUCCUAACAUGUAUAGCGAAAUUUUUUAAAUAACUAAAUUAAGCAUAUGAGUACCUGUUUCUUCUUUAGGUUUAUACUGGUAUUUUAUAGUGAGAAUGCCUUAAUUUACUUGACAAAGUAGUGAAGAUGUAACAUUUUCCAAAGCAUUCUAAAAAUCAUUUUAGCCAAGCGGGGGUACCAGAUUAUAGAAAAGGUAGGGUUAAAAUAGUGAGAAAGUCAUUCUACUUUGUCAUUUUGCAGACACUCUUAUCCAGAGUGACUUACAGUUAGUGCAUUCAUCUUUACGGCUGCAUUGGGCCUUUAUCUCAAUAUCAAGUACCUUGGUGGUACACUGGGGCAUUUGGAAAUGGGCACGGGGUGUUUUUUAAUACAUUUGAAUAUACAUGUAUCAUUAUGUAAUUAAACUCCUGUACUUCACAUUGA